AUAUAGGGUUGUGUUUUACAUACUUAAGGACUUUACACUCCAAUUAAGAGACGAAGCAGUAGCGAACAUUUUUUUCUUUUAACCCAGUGAGAUAUAGUUGAAGGGGACAGAGUAUUGCUCAUAUUGUACAGAAAUGCUGGUCAGAUACGUUCUUCUAAUAAUCAGAUGGGUUAGAAUCAAAUGCAUAAGAACGGCCAUCCCAGAAGGUUUUUUCAUCUAGCCAUGGCUUUUCUUAGCUUGACACAGAGUGGGCAGGCCAAGUCAUGUGGUAAUUGAAUGUUCGUAUUCAACUAACUGCAGAGAGAAAAAUGAUGUGGAGAGAAAUAUUGUUCUUACAAGUGAUUAUAAGAACUUUGUGACCUAAGUGCUUUGGAGGGCUCUGUGGGGUAAGUUUCCUCUGCAGGCGUCCAUGGAUAUAGGGGUAUACCUGGCGCGUAUUCCUUAAAAAUUCUACAUUCAUUUGGUAUAUUACAGAUGCCUCUAGCCAAAGCGUAAUCUUCGGAAAGGGCUUAUUAUACAAACAUCUGGAAAGCAAUUUAUUGAGUGGCCCUCGCCACAUUAUAGGUUUAUUUCCUUGCUUCAGCAUCCAGUUUCGUUGGGCCGCUACAUGUUGUUAAGCCCAGUCUCUAUAAACUGUCUAAGCACAAUUACAACUCAUGGUGAGAACCUUGCUCAGGAAAUGCAAUAGAAGGUCACGUUGUAUCCCAAGGUGGGUGCUCUGUAGUAAGUGUGAUACCCAGGUGAAAGGGUAUAGGCAUGGACUUGGGGUCUUGGCCACAGGUAUGUUUGGCCAUGUGCUGUCAUCGUGGGCGGCCACCUGAGCAGCUCUACGUGGGGACACAUGCACAGGGCUUUACAUUUCGUGCUCAAGUGUGCGUCAGCACGUGUGUAGUUUGGUUUCUGGGCGGAGCUCACGAGUUGGAGCUGGCUGCUGCCUGACCCUUUUUUCCUCUUGUACUGUGGUAAGAGAGAUUAUGCUCCCAGAACCGACUCCCCAGAGAGCCAAACUCGUUUAACUGGCUGCUCCCUGAACGAAAAUAAUUACAUCUGAUAAUGCACCGAAAAGGAAGUAAGAGGAAAGGAAAAUAAGAAUUAGAAUGACAUUUGCAAAUUAUGUUUGAAUUCUCCCGGCUGAGCUAAUGUUUUAUUUUUAGGACCUUCUUUGCUCCGCCCUCUCAAGGCUCUCUGUUUCUUGCCCUUUUAUGAGUGUUUUCCCUUUCAUGCAGUCUUGUGGAAUUGUGGGAACUUUCACCUUGCCUUUUUGGCUUGCAAACUCGAUAAGGUGGACUUUACUAUCUUACCAUUCAUUGCCUUCAUAGAUCCCUCCCUAUGCGAAAGCCCACAGAUAAGAAUUUCACUUUCUCUCUGUGAUGUUCCUUCUCCUGGCUACUCCUCUGUUUACUUAGGUUUCCGUCAACCAGCCACACACCUGUAUCUCUUCUGAGCUGUAAGGGGAUUGUUUAACUCUCAUCCCCUCAGACAAACUCAUGCAACUCCAGGAAUAGUGAAAAGAAGACAGCUGGCUGGGAGGUUUCUUUACAUAUGUGUUUCUGGCACUGAGACACUCUGCCUCAAUAAGGUAUUAGUGGUUAUUAGUAUUAAUAAUAAAACACAACAUGUAAUGUAACAGAUGGGACCAUAAUAUGGCUAAUGUCACAUGUGUACAGUAUAGUAUAAUAUCAUAUAAGCUACAAUGAUGAUUUUCUAAAAUUUACCUUGUUAUUAAAUCACUACAGAACUAGAUCACAUAUUCAGUUACCUAGGCAGUGAAAAAUCACCAUAUUUGUUUCAGAUCAAUCAGAAUUAAAGAAGUUGGCUUUGCUGGCCAUGGAAUCAAGUUAACCAAGGGCAAAAUAAAGUUUUUAUAUACAUGGAAGAGCGGUGACCACCAGUUCUCUUCAGAAAGGAAGAAUUGGGUUUUUGGAAAUAUGUGCUGAUUAUAUAGAAUUCUAUAGAAAUAUAUGCUGAUGAUAUAGAAUAUAAUCAUGUAAAGGAUCUCUGGUCAGGUAAGCAAGAAACUCACAACUAUAGUCUACUUGGAGGAGAAUUGGGAACUGGACAGAUGGAGAAGGAUGGGGUGGGGAAAAGAUUUUCAUGGUAUACCAUUUUAUAUUUUUAUUUUUGGAUCAUAUGAACAUAUUUCUUUUUUGUUAAAAAAAAGAGAGAGGAAGAGAAGAUGGCUUAGUCCUGACACUUGCUUUCAUCCACGUAUUGUUUUUCAGAACAACUCAAUCCUUGGGGAUUAUUCUCUAGUGCUCUUUGCAUCCUCUGGGGGUCAGGCGCUUAACUGGAUGCUGUGUGGCAAUGGGAGAUGAGAGGCGCAUGACGCGGAUGCUGUUGGAAUGCAGUCUCAGUGACAAGUUGUGUAUUGUCCAGGAGCAGCAGUAUGAAAUCAUCAUCAUUCCAACCCUUCUGGUUGGGAUCUUCCUCAUUCUCCUUGGGGUCAUCCUGUGGCUUUUCAUCAGAGAACAAAGAGAGCAACAGCAGUCUCCUGGACUACGAGGUGUUGCCCACGUGCCUCCAUCUAGGGGCCUAAGCUGGGAAGCAGCAAGACCUGAAGGAAGUGUGUUUGUACCACUUAAGGAAACAUCGGUGGAAAGCCUUCUACGAACUUCCACACAUGCCCUGGCUAAGCUGCAGGUGCCCCGGGAGCACUUCUCUGAAGUUCUGGAGCAAAUCCACAAUGGUAGUUUUGGGACCAUCUACCGAACCAAGAUAUAUACUGGGGACACUGAUGAGCCCAAGAGUGUCGUCCUCAAGGCUUUAAAAGAACCAGCUGGGCUCCAAGAGGUGCAGGAGUUCUUAGGGCAAAUCCAGUUCUAUCAGUACCUGGGGAAGCACAAGAACCUGGUACAGCUGGAAGGCUGCUGCACAGAAGGGCUGCCGCUCUAUAUGGUGUUGGAGGAUGUGGCCCAGGGGGACCUGCUCAGCUUUCUCUGGACCUGUCGCCGGGAUGUGAUGACCAUGGAUGGCCUUCCGUAUGACCUCACAGAAAAACAAAUAUAUCACAUAGGGAAGCAGGUCCUUUUGGCUGUGGAAUUUCUCCAGGAUAAGCAUCUGUUCCAUGGGGAUGUGGCAGCCAGGAAUAUCCUGAUCCAGUGUGAUCUCACUGCUAAGCUCUGCGGACUGGGCCUGGCUUAUGAAGUCCACUCCCGAGGGGCCAUCUCGUCUACUCGCAUCGUACCUCUCAAGUGGCUCGCCCCAGAACGGCUUCAGCUGAGAUCAGCUGGCAUCAAAGGAGACAUCUGGUCUUUUGGGAUACUGCUCUACGAGAUGGUGACUCUAGGGGCACCUCCAUAUCCUGAAAUCCCCCCUACCAGCAUCCUACAGCAUCUCCAAAGGAGGAAAAUCAUGAAGAGACCCAGUAGCUGCACACACACCAUGUACGGUCUCAUGAAGUCCUGCUGGCGUUGGAGUGAGGACAGCCGCCCCUCACUUAGAGAGCUACACUCACGCCUAGAAACUGCCGCUCGAACUGCAAAUGACAAGGCUGUGUUGCAAGUACCAGAAUUGGUGGUGCCUGAAUUGUACGCAGCUGUGGCAGGCGUCAGCGUGGAGAGUCUCUCCUAUAGCUGUAGCAUCCUUUGAAGAUCCUGGGGCAGCACACAUUUUUGGGAGAUCAUAUACUCUUGGAACCAAUUCCUCCAAGAACAGAGACAAGACUUUCUAGUGGGACAUAAAGGGAGGAAUGGGACAUGGAUCCUGCAUCUUCCCCUACAUAUUUCCCCAGAAACCUGAAAUGAUGCUAGAUGAGGCUGCACACAGCAUAUACCCUCGAGACUGAGAAGUACAGUUUCAUUUCUGUUACCCCAGUCCUGAAGAUGCAGGGUAGAUGGGAUGGACCGCGUCAACGCAAGGGAGGUUUUACAAGUCUGCAGCGUUCGUCGCAGCAUGGCACAGAUAAGCUGGUCCCUCCCACCACAGGCUGGUUUUCUUUGAAACAUGCUUUUAUCUAGACUAUUAUAAGGUCCAGAAAAUUGGAAUCAAAUGAGGGAAGAGAAAGCUGAUAAAGGAAUUGAUGAGAAGAAAAUUGAAGGUUCUACUUACUCAGGAGUAUAGAUGAGGACCAAGGUCAUCCUUCAGAGAGAAGGGGGAGGAAGGACAUACAGGACUUCAUUCCUGGUCCGUUCAUGCAGGGCUGAAGGAGAACCAUUAAGGAAGACUUCUGAGCUCCCCCUAAGGUGUAUAUAGGAGAAAUAUGGCCCCCUUUGAUCUAAUUCUAAGGUAGGUGAACCCUGUUGGUACUAUUUUAACUAGAAGCUGGAGGGGUCAUUUCAUGAUUAAGAACAUUCAACAUGUACUUUUCAACAGUCUGGCUUCCUGGCCUCUAUGAGACUAGGGAGACUGAGCCCAGAGGGUCAAUUGGGUCGAGAUGAAUACACUGUGCAUUUAAUAAAUGGGAAAUAUGGAAGUCAAGCAAAAGUACUUAGUAGGCAAGGACGUCUUUAAAAGGGCUAGAAAAGGAUGUAACCCGAGAUGGAAGGAUGAUAGGUUCCCAUUUUCAAUCAUCCAGUGAUCUACUGUGAAACUUAUUUCAUUAAAUUCAUAUUUAUUGAGUGAAAGUAGGCUUUUCAGGUUAUACAGUUGCCAAAAUCUCUCCAAGAGGGAGGAUAACAGUAGAUAAAUGAAAGCUAAUGACAACAGAAAAAUUCAAGAGGCAAUCUACAUUGUCAGAAAAGGGAUUCCUCAUGCGUGAAAAGGGGAUACUACCUACCUCACAGGGUUGUCAUGAGGAUUGAAUGAGAGUAUAUAUUUGUACCAUAUCUGGCACAUACUAUGUGCUCAAUAAAUGUUAAUUUCCUUACUCUCAUCCUUACUAGCCUAGAAUCUUUCAUAUCUUUUUCAUUUAACACCUACGGUGGCCAAGAAGAGAACCUCGGUCUGUCAGUCACACUGCAAGGGAGGACAUGCUUAAAGAUGAUGGGAUGGUACAAAUACCACUUGACUAAAAUGAGGAAGUCGUAAUUUUUGUGUGAGUGUGUGGAUGAUAACAGUCAUCUCCUGCUAGUUCAAAAUACUGGAAAUAUCAUGAUAAUGACAGUUCAGUUGAACACGUGGUCUGUGAUUUUAAACAAUACCUUGGAUACUCUAGAAGGGACAUCCAAGGCUGCUAUAGGAAAAUGACUGGCAGUUGAAAAACUUGCAGAAGUUAGAAUCCUGAUGGAGUCAUGAUGAGUCGCCCAACUGAAUAAUGAUUCUUGCACCUCUAGGAAUACCACAAUGACUAGACAGAAUUUAAAUGCGUGGUAAGCAGCAAUAGAGAGAAGGGAGGAAGAAUGGCUCAGCACAAAAUGAUGAAGUCCUAUGGAAUCUCAUUGUUCUCAGCUGUUCAUUUAAGUCAAAUUUACAAAAUAUUUAUUUAUUUAUUCAACUAUUUUCAAAGAAUGGAGUGUUAAGGACAACUGUGCCAGACACUGUGCUAGGUGUUGGAUAAAAAGAAACGGAGAGCUUUGGCUUACAGUCUAGAAAGCAAGAGACACUAUAUACACAUUUAUGUGGGUAUUUGUUAAUUACAACUGUGAUAAGUGCUGUGAAGAAAAAGUAUAGGGUAGUAGAAGGGAGUAUAAAAUGGGGACCUCCCUGAAAAAAUGGCAUUUAGACUGAGACCUUAGGGAUGGGUGAGUAAGCCUGACAGUGAGGAGAAGAGACUUCCAGUUGAAGGAUUAUGUAUGUGAAAACUCUGAGGCAAGAAAAAACUCAGUUUGAGGAACUGCAAGGAGGCUAGUGGGAGGGAGGUAUAGUGAAGUGGGAGGAGAGUGGUGCAUGAUGAAACUGAGCAUUGCUCUUUCACGCUGUAUUUUUUUUUUUUUGCAAGGGAAAUAAUGAAUUCACCUUUACCAAUGAUAUUCAAAGUAGCACUUGACACUCAUCCAUCAGGGGUAAAUUAGGAAUAAUAAAAAUCAACUCUACCAACAGUCUGGGAAUAGAUCAGAUGAUCCAAGAGGGAAUACUUCUCAAAAUCCCCACCAUGUACAAAAAUAGACUCAGUGGAAAAGAGCAGCUUUUAAAAUAUGUAAGAGGAAAAAAAUGUUAAUUCUACAAAUAGUUAUUCAUUGUAUACCACACACAAAGCUCAAAGUUAGCUUCUAUGGAAGAAAUAAAGACAAAUCCUGAAUGACUCAAGCCUUCAAGUCACUUAUUUGGUAGUAAAUUGGUUCCCCUCAGUUUUUUAAUUACAUAUCUUUAUUAGGAAAAAUAUUUUGAGCACUCAACCCUACUAAAAUUAUAUAAUUUAUAUAUAGAUGUACACAGUAUAAAAUAAAUGCAAUAUAAAUUAAAA